AUGGGGUACAAAGAUCCCGCGCCGUGGACGUUCACGGGCAAGGCGCUGUACCAGCUCGCGCUCGUGCGCGCCGAGGACGCGCGCGCGCACGUCCCGAGCGACUUGCGCUUGGUGGAGUUCGCGGGACACACGCUCGGUGGACUGUACGUCGCGCGAUACGACGAGUCACCGUGCGGGAAAUUAGACGAAGUCGUCGUCUUAGGAGGGCUCGUGUGGAAUCCACCCACGUCGUGCGCGUGGGCGAGUCGAGUGUACGUCGACAGCGCGGAGGCGCGCGCGCACGGGAUACGCACGUGCGGAUUGCCGUCGCGCGUGGCGGCGUUCAGGGAAGAGACGGACGCGUCGUCAAAGCAAAGGGGCUGGACGAACAAAACUAGAUGGUGGCACGGGACGAAACGCGGUAAAGGCGACGCGUCCACGGGGGCGGUAUCCAUAGUCGAAGGAAAGACAAAGGUGUGCGAGUUAGCGCUCCCGAGCGAGCCAAAACUUAAAGGACCGCGAAUCUCUAUGUUCCUUCCGAGCUUUAGCGGUCGAACGAAAUCGAUUCCUGAUUUACUGAAAUAUUCAUUACGCAUGAACGCUAACGUGCGAUUGAGCGCGCCGAUCAAGGUGAAACCAUCGGACGAGCACGGAGCGGUGACGAAUAUUCUCAAAGGUAAACCACUCCUGUGCAUUGCGUUUGACAACAUGCGCAUGGACGUCGGGGCGCCGCAAAAGGUGAAAGUAGCGCGAGCGAGGGAUAGCAAAUAG